UCUCAUUUGUCUCAUGCUGAAUUGUGUUAUCAGCAUUCUGCACCGAUUCUUCGACUUCUUCAUCUCCCUCUCUUACCUCCUGUACCUCUUCCUCAACCUCCAUCUCAUCCUCUUUGCUUUCCUGCUCCUGAACUCCAACUACCUCAUCUUGAAACGUGUCAUCAGCCACCUGCAUUGUCUCUUCAAACUCUGCUCCUUCGUGGCCUUCUUCGUCUCUUACCUCCUGAUUUCCCUCAUCAGCUUCCCCCUCUUGGCUUUGCUCUUCCAGCUCCUGAUCUUCAUUUACCUCGCCUUUUGAUAUGUCAUCAGCCACUUGAAUCGCUUCUUGAUUUUCGUCGUUUUCGUCGUUCUCUCCUGCCCUUACCUCCUGGUCCUCAUCC